AUGUCCGGCACCAAACUGGAGGACUCCCCCCCUUGUCGCAACUGGUCAUCUGCUCCGGAGCUGAAUGAAACUCAAGAGCCCUUUUUAAACCCCACCGACUAUGACGACGAGGAAUUCCUGCGGUACCUGUGGAGGGAAUACCUCCACCCCAAAGAAUACGAGUGGGUCCUGAUCGCCGGCUACAUCAUCGUGUUCGUGGUGGCUCUCAUCGGGAACGUCCUGGUUUGUGUGGCCGUGUGGAAGAACCACCACAUGAGGACAGUGACCAAUUACUUCAUCGUCAACCUUUCUCUGGCUGACGUGCUCGUGACCAUCACCUGCCUUCCAGCCACUUUAGUAGUGGACAUUACUGAGACCUGGUUCUUUGGACAAUCCCUCUGUAAAGUGAUUCCUUAUUUACAGACCGUGUCAGUGUCUGUGUCUGUCCUCACACUGAGCUGCAUUGCCUUGGAUCGGUGGUAUGCGAUCUGUCACCCUUUGAUGUUUAAGAGCACAGCCAAGCGGGCCCGGAACAGCAUCGUCAUCAUCUGGAUCGUGUCCUGCAUCAUAAUGAUCCCUCAGGCCAUCGUCAUGGAGUGCAGCACCAUGCUUCCUGGCUUAGCCAAUAAAACCACUCUCUUUACAGUCUGUGAUGAGCACUGGGGCGGUGAAAUUUACCCCAAGAUGUAUCACAUCUGUUUCUUUCUGGUGACCUACAUGGCACCACUGUGUCUUAUGGUGUUGGCCUAUCUGCAAAUAUUUCGUAAACUCUGGUGCCGACAGAUUCCUGGAACAUCAUCUGUAGUUCAGAGAAAAUGGAAGGCCCUGCAGCCUCUUUCACAGCCUCGGGGGCCAGGACAGCAGACCAAAUCCAGGAUUAGCGCUGUGGCCGCUGAAAUAAAGCAGAUCCGAGCCAGACGGAAAACAGCCCGGAUGCUGAUGGUUGUGCUUUUGGUGUUUGCAAUUUGCUAUCUACCAAUUAGCAUCCUCAAUGUGCUAAAGAGAGUAUUUGGGAUGUUUACCCACACAGAAGACAGAGAGACUGUAUAUGCCUGGUUUACAUUUUCACACUGGCUUGUAUACGCCAAUAGUGCUGCGAACCCAAUUAUUUAUAAUUUUCUCAGUGGAAAAUUUCGAGAGGAAUUUAAAGCUGCAUUUUCUUGCUGUUGCCUUGGAGUUCAUCACCGCCAGGAGGAUCCGCUGGCCCGGGGACGGACAAGCACCGAGAGCCGAAAGUCCCUGACCACCCAGAUCAGCAACACUGAUAACAUAUCAAAACUGUCCGAGCAGGUCGUGCUCACGAGCAUUAGCACACUCCCAGCGGCCAACGGUGCGGGGCCGCUCCAAAACUGGUAUCUACAACAGGGACCACCGUCAUCAUUACUGUCAACCUGA